UCGUAUGCACGGGCUGACUUAGGCCCGGUUGUACCAACGAAGUUCACCGACAGAUCAACUGUGAACGACGAUCAAAGCAAAAAAUGCGUUGUACCAAGCCUGAACGCCGUUCAAAUUGCCCGGUCAACCGAACGGUGACAUUAGGCGGUUCAAGCUGGUUCAAGCUUCGUUCAGGGGUAGACAUAACCUUAUUAUUUGACAUAUUCCGCUUUUCGUUGUUUUGACUAUCGUUUUGUUAUUGUUCUUAAGAUUUUUCGUAAUGGAUCCUUUAUUAGGUGAAUUAACUGACGACGAAGACUUUUUAGAAUUAGUGAGACGACAUGAACGGCUAAGGAGACCACAAACAGUACGAUUUCGACCAAACAAUUUCGAAAAAUGGAAUGACGUGGAUUUUAAAAAAAGAUUUCGACUUGCUAAACCUAUUGUGAAUUAUUUAAUAGAGGAAAUUUCCGAUUUAAUUGCAUCUAAAACAAACAAAAAUCAUGCUUUAACACCAGCUGACAUGGUAUUUAUCACAGUACGGUUCUUAGCAACAGGAUGUUUUCUACAAAGUGUUGAUGAUAUCAGUGGUGUAGACAAGUCUACUAUGAGCCGCGUGAUUACAAAAGUAACUAGAGCUAUAGCAUCUUUAAGCAAGGACUUUAUUAAAAUGCCAAUGGGAGUGGAAGAUAGAAAUUCAAAGGCACAAGGAUUUUAUAAUAUUUGUCGCUUUCCAAGAUGCAUAGGAGCAGUUGAUUGUACGCAUGUGAAGAUACAAUCUCCUGGAGGGGCAAAUGCAGAGAAUUACCGCAAUAGGAAAGGAUUUUUUUCAUUUAAUGUCCAAGCAAUUUGUGACAGCGAUUUGAAAAUAUCUAACAUUGUGUGUAGAUGGCCUGGUUCUACACAUGAUUCAAUGAUUUUUAGAAAUUCUAGAGUAAAGGCUGAGUUUGAAAAUGGAGUAUAUGGAAAUAAUUUAUUACUAGGGGACAGUGGGUAUGGAGUAAAACCAUACCUAAUAACCCCUUUGGCGAAUCCAACAACGAGGGCUGAAAACUUAUUUAACGAAGCUCAGAUAAGAACAAGAAACCCAAUAGAAAGGUGUUUUGGUGUACUAAAAAGAAGAUUUCCUAUAUUAGCGACAGGAAUCCGUUUAAAUGUUGAUAAAGUAGAAGCAAUAGUGGUUUCCGCUACUGUUCUUCAUAACAUAGCGUGUCAUUUUGCAGAUCCAACACCAUUAGUAACUGAUGAAAUUGACGGAAGUCAAAGCGGAAAUAAACAUUGGAAAUAAUAUAAGAGAACAUGUUCCAAAUGACUUGGGUGAUAUAAAUAAUAGUUUUAGAUAUAGUUUAAUUAAUGAAUAUUUUGAAUCACUGUAAAUAUGUUAUUUUACGAUAUAGAAUAUAUUGCUGAGUAUUAAUUAUUUACAUCUAGAACUAAUUAUUUACGUCUAGAAAAUGUUUCAAUAUUAUUUUACUAAAACAUUCUUAAAAUGUCUUAAUGUUUUAAAGUCAAAAUAACUUGUUAAUUAAUUAAAUUGUGAUUAUAAUUACCGUAAAAUAAAUUACCAUUACAUACUCUUGUAUAUAUUUUGAUUUAUGUAUAUAAUAUUAAUAUUUUUUAUUGUAUGUAUAGGAUUAUUUUUAUAUUUUUGAUAAUUCUGAUUAUAAGUAGAUAAUUAAAUAACAAUAAUUAAUAAAUGAUAUUAAAUUAAUACAAUUCAGUAUACUUGUUUGUACUAGAUAUGUAAUAUGUAAAAGAAAUAAAACGAUAUAAUAUGUAUGCAUAUUUUCAAAAUUCAUAUAUAUUGUGUGUUAAGUGUUUAUAUGAUAUUUUUUAAUAAUUAUAUAUUUACAGAGUAUUUAUUGGUCAAUUAUUUUUUUUAUUAGUUCCUUGCUAAAUUUUAAAAAUUGAAUUCUCUCAUCAUGCUCCCUUUCUUGCUGCCUCAUAAAGGCUUCUUGCUUUUCUUGCAUUUGAGACAUUUUUAAAUUGUGCUGCUCUAGGAAACAUUUCUUUUGAAGCUCAGCUAGUUCAAUUUUUGAACUACUCCAAUCUGUUAAUUUUUUUGUUAAACCCCUUACAUACCCUCUAAAUAUAGAUUUCACUUUAUAUAAUAAUAUAAUAUAAAAAAUAAGGUAUGAUGUACAGAUGUAUUAGCUAGAACGUCUAAAAAGUAAAUGAACGAAUCGGUCAGCCGCGAACAGGUAUUAAAAAGUCGUAUUUUAUGGCAACAGAAAGGAAAAAAGGUACCAUAAUUUAUAUUUUGGGAGAACCCGCCAAUCAAUAAAACAAACUUUUAAAAGCAUUUACGCCAACUUAUAUAAAAACUCCAAAAGUUACUGUGAAAUUCAAUACCAACAUAAGAAACUAAAUAUUGAUCGACGUUCUACUGAACGCGAGUUGGUGCAACGCAAUCCAAGUUCAACUUUGGCCAACCGAUCAGUUGAACUCU